GGAGAGUAGAGUGGAGAGGAGGCACUGGUGGCGUGCAGUCGAGCUUGAUUGGAGAGGACACGCGCGAGGACACGAGACCCCUCCAAGGGCCACAUUGCCAUAUGAGCGUAGAAGGCAUGCAUGGGUCGCGAAACACAGGACACAAGGGCACCGUUGAUUUGGCAAGAUUGACUUGCUAACCAAACUCGACUGUAUGCUUGGCCGCUGGCAUUCGUAUGGAGAAACGCCCGCGCACAGCUCGGCUCGAAGCAGGAGCAUCGCUGGAACCGAACGCCCGGCGCCUGCACAACGAAAUGCGACAGAAACGAACCACUCCGCCUCUGACUGAAUAAGCAACAGAGCAUUGUAAGGCUUCGAGUUGCUCGGCGUCCCCCGAUUGACUCGGCAAUAGGUGCAGAUAGAAGCCGUGCAACGGUCAGAGCCUCGUGCCAGACAGAGCGGGGCGGCAGACGGAGAGCGCAUUCGGCACAGGUGGCCGCAGACGGAAUCGGAGCGCACUGCGGCUGUUCCAGCCAGCAAGGCGGCAAGGCACGAAGCUCAUGCCAGCCCGUGCCAGCCAGAAGAGCUAGAUGCGAACGGCGGCGAUUCAAAUGAACGCCGCCGACGAGUGGAAGAGGAAGAGGGGAGGAGGAGAGGAGGAGGAGGAGGAGGAGGGCGUCGCCGCUGCAAGUGCAGCAGCGCGCUGCGGGGAGGAGCAGCACGCGGAGAGUGGCCAGGUCACAGGAUGCGGUGGCCAGCCAGGCGAGCACACGGAGGAGAGACCCGAGUGGCGCGGGGGGGGGGAGAGGAGGAGGCCAGAGAGCACGGAGCGGAGAGUGGAGCUGUCCACGAGGAGCCCCGUCACCGCCCCCCCAUGGGUGCCUGGACGCCGCCGCCCUCGGAGCCACCUCUCCCUCCUCCGGGCACCGGGCCGGGCUCGAGUCCGCUGCCCUGGUGGCGGCGUGGCGCCCACGGCCCCCGCGCGGCCGUCGCACGGCGGGGGCCGCAGUGACGCGCUCCGUCGCCGUGCAGACCGCGCCGCAUCGCCGACGCUUCGCCGACUCGUCGGCGACGCAUCGGCGACGUCGGCGACGCUUCGGCGCCGUCGGCGUGGAGAAAAUAGGGCUCCACGCCGAGCCGCAUCACCGACGCGAUGCGGCGUGCCACGCUACACGGCGCUGCUGGGCGGCUCGCCCAAGCGCGGGCUGCAGCUACGCGCGGCGCCUGAACAUCGUGCACUGUGCAGACCACUUGCAAUUUAAGCCGUUGGUCUCAGUCCAAUCUGAAUCGACGCAGCUCCGAAGAAAGCCGAGGCAGCCAGGCUCGGCGCAACGCCUUCGGGUAAAACAAAAAAUUGGAUUGGCGCGCUCGCAGCGCUAUCCUACGACGUUCUGGGAAAAAGGCUUGAAAUGGUAGCGGUAUUGGAAAUGCACGGCUGCCCGAGCCAUUGGGCACUGCGGGCGUUGCACAACCCGGCGCGGCGCGACGCAAUUGAAGCGCGGCCGGAAAACCGGGCCGCGUCUGAGACGCGGUCCGCCCGGCAAAAACUGGCCGGCGGCGCUGGCCGCUCUGCGUGUGCAAAGGCGCAGAGUGCCCACCAGGAGGUCGGGGAGCAGCUGCUGGGAAGCUGGGAGGCACACGCGGCCGGAUUCCCAGACAUCCUCGACGCAGAGCCCCUCCCCGACGAAAAGGCUUCCUUCUUCAGCGGCCCGACUGUGAAUUCUCAGCUGGCGCCAGCGGCUCGCACGGUGCCGCGCGGCGUCGGCAGCGCGGUGGGGCAGG